UGUGUGUGUGUGUUGGCCCUCGGUGGGCCGGGCGCGAGGAGAGAGGAGGAAAAGCGUGUUUACACAGACGGCCGAGCGCCUGGGGAACAGAGCAGGAGAGGAAGUGAGCCGGCUCUCUGUCUGCCUGCCCCAACUUCCUGCUCAGAGAGAGAGAGAGAGAGAGAGAGAGAGAGAGAGAGAGAGAGAGAGAGAGAGAGAAAGAAACACUCAGGAUCCCAUUACAGUCGGACUGUGCUGCCGAGACGGCCGACAGCAUGGAAAAACAGGGCAUUUUACGGAAUUCUUUUUAACACAUUAAAAGGACGGGAAAAUAGCAGGCAUCUCGCGCGGCAGACAUGGAGAGUGCCAUCACGUUGUGGCAGUUCCUGUUGCAGUUGCUGCUGGACCAGAGCCAUAAGCACCUAAUCUGCUGGACGUCUAAUGAUGGCGAGUUCAAGCUGCUCAAGUCUGAGGAAGUGGCCAAACUUUGGGGUCUGCGGAAGAACAAAACUAAUAUGAAUUACGAUAAACUGAGCCGAGCUCUGCGUUACUACUAUGACAAGAAUAUUAUAAAGAAGGUGAUUGGUCAGAAGUUUGUGUACAAGUUUGUUUCAUUUCCUGACAUCCUGAAAAUGGAUCCCCAGGCGGUGGAGCUUGGCCGAGAAGGGGGCAGCAUUAUGUUACAAGAGGCUGAGUCUGAUGGAGGGGAGGGGGAAGAAUCUCCAAAACUCUCUCUGUCAUCGCUGAGAAGCCCCGCCGGCAGGAACGAAUAUCUUAACUCUGGCCUGUACUCAUCAUUUACUGUUAGCUCCCUUCAAGGCCCGCCUCCACUGCUGCAUCCAGUGAAAGUGGAGAAACGGAGAGGGGUGGAACGAGGGGAAGAAGGACCAACCGUGAUUAGGUUUGUCACCAAUCGGUCAGAGAAAGCAGUGCCCCUCCCCUCCUCUCCUGCCCCUACCUCAUCAGAGGUUUUCUUCAGCUCAAAAGCCUCCCCUAAUUCCUCUCGUUCAUCGUCCCCAUCUCAUAGCCCAUCCUUCUCACGGAGGUUGAGCCCAGAGGCCCGGAUGGACGAAUCAGAGCAGAACGCUCAGCCUCUCAAUUUAUCAUCCGGCCACAGGGAGCGAGCCCAGGUGCAAGCCUCGCCCCUCGAGAGGAGGAGUAGCACCAAUGGACUUCCUCCCAAAGCUCGGAAACCCAAAGGUCUGGAAAUCUCAGCUCCUUCCAUACUGCUUUCAGGAAGUGACCUGGGUUCCAUUGCCCUUAACAGCCCUGCAUUGCCCUCAGGGUCCCUCACACCAGCCUUCUUUACUGCACAGACUCCCUCGGGUUUGCUGCUGGCUCCAAGCCCUCUCCUCUCCUCCAUUCAUUUCUGGAGCAGUCUAAGUCCUGUCGCUCCUCUCAGCCCAGCACGACUACAGGGACACGGAUCCCUCUUCCAGUUCCCUACUCUGCUGAACGGACCUCUCCCUGUGCCUCUCCCCAACCUGGACUCUUCAUCCUCCUCUUCCUCGCUUCUCCUUUCAUCUAGUACUCCGAAAUCCUGAUUCAAACCCUUGUCUAAAAAAACACACAUACAUUAAUACUUGCUAAAAAAUCAAGGUUGCACUACAUCUCCUUGUGGUUAUAGUUACCACAAAAAAUAACCACAUCAACAACAUUUUAAAGAAAACAGAUUUCAUUUAAAAACAUUUCUAGACCGAAACUCGGGCUGUACACCAAUCUGCUCACGUGGUAGUAUUAUUAUGCCAAAGAAAGCAAAAUGGCACCAGUGAGCUGUUGGAAAAACUCAGCCUUAGAAUGUAUCAUCCAAAUCUCAACUUUUUUUUUAAGUCACAUUUUCACAUGAGACACACGUAAAGCAGUGCUGGACCAUAAUAAUACACACAAUCUUAUAUCCACACAGAGUCCUCUGUGUAUUACCCCCCACAUUUGGCAAGGACCAAAGAUACCAUUGAAUUCCAGACAACACACUCCUACCAGAGUCAUACAUUUUUCUCCCAAUUGUAGUCAUUGCAGAUUCCCACCCACAAGCUCGGUCUCUGCUGGGUGAUAUGGCAAAGGCUCCUAAAAUCAUUAUUUUGAACUGUUGCUAAUGCAAUGUCACAGGGCAGCUGAAAGCACUUGGAGGAGAGCACUAUCUGCCCAAUCCUGUAUAUAUAUGAGCGAAGAGGUGCCCGUGUCAUUCUGAAUGACAGGAGAAGAGGCAUGCCAUCCUGCUCAGCCCAAGAGCAAAACCAAUCAUACUCCCAGGCACAGGUGGCUGUGGAAUCAUUGGGUUUUAAAUUCACAAUCAUCAGAUGAUAACAUUUAGUGCCUCCAGCGUUGGUGCUUUUAUCAGAAUGUUCAUGUCUCUCAGUUCCAUUUUAAUACCCACUCAGUUCAGUGAAGCUCCUACUGCAAAGCUAAGAGAGCAUACUCAUUACAACCCAUAUUAGAGAGAUCUUCUUAACAGUUUUUUUUUCCAUUUAGUUUCAAUUGUUUGUUUUUGGUUUUGUAAUCUCUUUCUGAGGCUGUGAAUCAGGUUUUCUGUUUAAUUUGUCUGAUAUUGUAUAUUAUUGUAUUGUAUGCACUGUGCUUUAAACUACCGGCUGUGCCUUUUUUCUGUGUAAGAAUGUGUAUAUGUAUUAUUUUCCUGCUUUUAAAAAUUCAAACAAAAUGUUUUGUAAUAGACGAAUUCCAUCACCAUAUUGGAAAGAAAAGCAUUGUAAUAGCUUUGUUAUUUUUUCAUUACGAAAUUGAAAACAAAAUGUAUUCUCAUAUUAAUUUUAUAUUUUUGCUUUCUAAGAGUCAAAGAAAUGUGCCUGUUUUCAAUAAAAGGAAAGCACUGAA